GCGGCGGGCGGCGAGCUGGCGGGCCUGGCGCCCGGCGUGCAGGCGGUGGCGGCGGGCGAAGCGCGGGAGGCGCGCUUCGUGCUGGGCUCGCGCUACGGCCGCUCAGCCCCGGCGCCGCGCUUCAUGUCGCCGCGGAACGACCGAUUCUUCAUGAGCAGUAGAUACGGGAAGCGGUCCGGUGUCGGCGGCGGCACGCGGGGGGCCCGGGGGCAGCGGGCGUGUCGAUGCGGCCCGUACGACGCGAUGCUGGCGCUGCCCCUAGCGCGCUACACCAGGCGGCCGGCAGCCGGCGGCGCUCCCCGGGCCGGGUGAGCGACGCCGCGCCCGCACCGCGCCCGCACCGCGACCGCCGCCUGCUCUCGCUCCCGCUACUGCCGCACGCUCUGGACUCCGAUAGUCUUGCUGGACCCGCCUCACCACAUUACAUAAAAUACGAUACGGCGGGCCAUUGACGUCUUAUUGAGUAUCAUAUUAUUAUAUAAUUGUACAAAUAAUUUUA